AGGGUUCCCGCGCCCAUGUCCUCGCCGGCGCAGCCGCCCCCGACGCGGCCGCCGGUGCCCGGCCCGCCCCCCUCCCUCGCGGCGGCGGCCCCCAUCUCGGUGCAGCCGCCCCCGCUCCAGCCGAAGGCGCUUCCGCCGCCGCCGCCGCCCCAGGUGGUCGUCGGGGCACAGCCGGCUCAACAGCAGCCGCAGCAGCAGGGCGGCCCCGCCCACGCUCACGCUCACCCCCACGCCCAUGCCCACGCCCACGCCCCGCCGCAGCAGCGGCCCAGGAUCUGCUUCAACGCGCACUGCAAGGACCCCAAAUCCGACGGCCCGCGCCGCCGCGGGUGGCGGCUCCGCUCUGGGGACUACGCCGAGCUCUGCGACCGAUGCUAUCACUCGUUCGAGCAUGGGGGCUUUUGCGAGACCUUCCAUUUGGAUGUUGCCGGGUGGAGGAACUGCGAAUCGUGCGGCAAGAGGCUGCACUGCGGGUGCAUCGUGUCGGUCCAUGCGUUUGUUCACCUCGACGCAGGAGGGGUUGAGUGCGUCAUGUGCGCUCGCAAGUCGCAUGCUGCAGUGGCACCAAAUCAGAUAUGGUCAUCAUCCAUGCAUAUGGCUCAAGUUGCUGAUAGGAAAGACAAUUUUGUCAAGAGCUGGAGACCUCCUGCUGGGCAAUAUGCAAGCCAGUGGCGGCAGAAUAAUAUGUGGGGUGUGCAAACCAUUCAGUCUGACUUGCAGCAGCGACUAGCUUAUGAGUUUGAUAGGCCUAGUGGCAGUGAAAAAUUGCUUCCAGGGCGCACUUUUAUUCAAGCCCAUGAGAAGAAAUUUGAUGACAUGCAUGACAGACCAACAACUCCUGCUGCCAUGAACCAGAUUAUGAGGGAGAGAUAUGCCAAUGGACAUACUCAGCACAACAGCCUGGAUCCGACAUACGCGUAUACUAUCUAUCACAGAGAGGGAUCAAAUCCAAAUCUACAUGACCACGGGCACCAUGGAGGAGAAAAUGACCAUUUGUCUGCAAGGAAAGGGGUAGCUCCAGAUCCUUGUUCCUCUGUAUCUACUACCUUCAAGCUCGAUUCACACCAUCCGUCGAUUUUAAAAGAUGACCCAACAGCCCUACCACCUGGGUUGUCUCCUAAUUUUUCAUCGGCAAAUGGACCAAAAGACCACAUCAGAAUUGGACCUCAGCAGCAACAGCAAAUGGCUUCCUCCUCAUUGCAGAAACAGUUCUAUUCCCAUACUGUGAUUGAUAACGAUUUUCAAGCGCAAUUGCGCAACGGAAGGCCCAGAAUGGAUGCAAAGGCAAGAUCUCAGUUGCUUCCCCGCUAUUGGCCUAGAAUAACCGAUCAAGAGUUACAGCACCUAUCUGGAGAUUCAAAUUCUGUUAUUACCCCUCUGUUUGAGAAAAUGUUAAGUGCUAGUGAUGCUGGCCGAAUUGGUCGUUUGGUAUUGCCAAAGAAAUGUGCUGAGGCGUACUUCCCGGCAAUCUCUCAGGCAGAAGGGCUUCCCUUAAAAGUUCAAGAUGCUACUGGUAAGGAAUGGGUGUUCCAGUUCCGCUUCUGGCCUAACAAUAACAGCAGGAUGUAUGUGUUGGAGGGUGUCACGCCUUGCAUUCAGUCGAUGCAGUUACAAGCAGGCGAUACAGUAACCUUUAGCCGAAUAGAUCCAGAAGGGAAGCUGGUUAUGGGAUUCCGAAAGGCAACAAAUCUUUCUGCAGAGCAGGACCAACCAACAAAGCCUGCCAAUGGUGUACCACCCCCUCCAGAGGCAAAUAUUAAAGUCUCCGCUCCAAAUUGUAGCCCUAACACUGCUGUGCCCCGACUAGAUAAAGUCAACACAGAGGGCAAAAGCUCUAGCCCUGUGGAACAAGCUACUGCCUGUAAAAUUGACAAAGGUGCAUUAUCACAAAAGGAAGGGCCAGGAACUUCAAGUUCUUCCCCAGGACCUGUAAAGAGAAAGGCAACUUCUGUUGGUCCGAAGAUCAAACGGUUCCGCAUGGACAGUGAGGAAUCCAUGGAAUUGAAGAUAACAUGGGAGGAAGCUCAAGAAUUACUUCGCCCUCCUCCUAAGGCCCCUUCAAUUGUUGUUGUUGAUGGCCAUGAGUUUGAGGAAUAUGAGGAGCCACCAAUUCUUGGGAGGAGGACGCAUUUUGUGACUGAUCAAUCAGGUGAGAAUCAUCAAUGGGCUCAAUGUGAGGAUUGCUCUAAGUGGCGUAAACUCCCAGUGGAUGCCCUUUUGCCUGCUAAAUGGACCUGCUCUGACAAUAAAUGGGAUCCUGAAAGGUCUUCAUGUGAUUCUGCCCAAGAGAUAAAUACAGAGGAGCUUGCAGAAAUGAUUCCUAUCAAACCUGGUGCUGCAAAAAAGUCCAAAGGGAAGGUAGAUACUGACAAUAUUGAUGUUUCAGAUGGGCUGGACACACUUGCAAAUCUUGCAAUUCUUGGUGAAGGUGAAUCUCUUCCGUCCCAGCCAACCACAAGACAUCCCCGCCAUCGCCCUGGCUGUUCAUGCAUAGUUUGCAUCCAACCUCCCAGUGGAAAGGGCCCAAAGCACAAACAGACGUGCACCUGCAAUGUCUGUAUGACAGUGCGGCGCCGUUUCAGGACACUCAUGAUGCGGCGUGAGAAGCGCCAGCGGUCAGAGAAGGACUCUGAGACACCUCGUAGAAAAGAGACAGGUCAAUCCAGUGAGCCCGCUCCGCAAGCUGGCUCUGCUGCUACUCAAACCAGUACAACUAGUUCUCCCCAGAAGGCAGAUACAAACGGUGAUGGGCCUGAAGACAUGGCCAUCGAAAAUAAGAGGACCACCUCUCCUAUCAAGAACCAGAUUGACCUGAACAGUCAGCCUGAGCGGGAAGACGAGCAGUCACCGAAAUCCGAUGCGGUGAGACUCCUCAGGGACAACACAACUUAGGGUUCUUGUCCAUCCCCAAGUGGUGUCAUACUGGCGAAAAUGAUGAUACAUAACCGAUGAAAAAGAAAAUGUCUAUACCAAUGGAGAAAUGUGGCGGGUGAAUUUGUAGUGUAGCUCUGUAGAUGUUACUUUUCUAUACCAAAGAUGUAGUUUCCUGUGGCGGAAGAGAUCCAGUUUCAAUGUUGUCAUACCAUAGAACCAGGCGCUGGACCCGUUGGCGUUUGCUUUUAGGGCUGUUGCUUUACCCUGUAUGUAUUGUAGCGUAAGAGCGGCACCCGUAGGAGCAUGUUCCCGGGCAAAUUUAUUCAUGUACCGAAUCAUCCAUCCCAGCUCGAGGAGAGGAUUUAUGUUA